GCGGAGAUAACGAAUCGAGCACAAUUCAAAAAGUAGCAGCGACUCACUGCAUUCCCAUCCGAGCAGCGGGCCGACGCACUUCAUUCGUGCCGUUUAAUUUCGUUCUUAUCCGCGAAAUACUACCAAUGCGUGCCUCAGGGAGGUGAAUACACAUCUUUUAGAUAAGAUACUGUGUAUACUGUGGGUUUUCACGUUGGAGUUAUUAUUUGAAUGUAGUUUUCGGUGGUUCGCAGCGGAUGUGGAUGACUGGUGAAUUGCGUGCUGUUUCGGGAUAAAGAAGCAAGGAACUUCGCCUCGGUUAUUUAUUUUUCAGGACUUUAGGGUUCCUUAUUCUACUUAAAUCGUCCUUUAAAGUGUGCAACGAUGAGCGCUGGAAUCGCAAAGACAGCGAGGCCACCGGCUCACGUCGACCCCAAAUCUGCUCCUCUGAAAGAGAUUCCUGAUAUUCUAGUGGAUCCCAGAACCAUGAAGAGAUACAUGCGAGGUCGCUUUCUGGGAAAAGGGGGAUUUGCGAAAUGCUACGAGAUCACAGAUAUGGACACAAAGGAGGUUUUCGCAGGGAAAGUCGUGCCGAAGUCGAUGCUACUGAAGCCGCACCAGAAAGAGAAAAUGAGCACAGAAAUCGCAAUUCACAAGAGUCUCGAUAACCUACACGUCGUGGGAUUUCAUGGGUUUUUUGAGGAUGACGACUUCGUGUACGUGGUGCUGGAAAUCUGUCGGAGACGGUCUCUCCUUGAAUUGCACAAGCGGAGGAAGGCAGUGACGGAGCCCGAGGCCAGAUACUUCAUGCGUCACACUAUUCUGGGUUGUCAAUACUUGCACAACAACCGGGUCAUCCACCGUGAUCUUAAACUUGGAAAUCUGUUCCUCAGUGAUGACAUGGAUGUGAAAAUUGGUGACUUUGGUUUGGCCACUAAGAUUGAGUUUGAUGGAGAGAGAAAGAAGACCCUGUGCGGCACUCCAAACUAUAUCGCCCCAGAGGUGCUCUGCAAGAAAGGCCACAGCUUUGAAGUAGAUGUAUGGUCACUAGGAUGCAUUCUAUACACACUGCUGGUUGGAAAGCCACCAUUUGAGACAUCCUGUCUGAAGGAGACCUACAUCAGAAUCAAGAAGAAUGAGUACACUGUUCCUAGACAUAUUAAUCCAGUUGCUGCUGCUCUGAUUCGUCGGAUGCUGCAUGCCGACCCUACUCUCAGACCUUCUGUGUCCGAGCUGCUGACCGAUGAGUUUUUCACCUCUGGUUAUGCGCCUCUGCGGCUGCCCACUUCCUGUCUCACUGUACCUCCCAGGUUCUCCAUCGCCCCGUCCAGUCUGGAUCCCGCCCUCCUUCGCAAACCCCUCUCGUCACUUAAUAAAGGAACAGACAGUCCAAUUGAGAAAAUGGGGAAAAUGGAGCAGCCUCAAAGAGAAGAUCCUCAGCAGAGGGAUGGAGCUGAACAACCUGACUGUCAUCUAAGUGACUUGCUGCAGCAGCUGGCCAGUCUCAACACCGCCAGGCCAUCUGAGAGAGAUUUCAUUAGACAAGAGGAAACCGAGGACCCUGCUUGUAUUCCUAUCUUCUGGAUUAGUAAAUGGGUCGACUACUCUGACAAAUAUGGCCUUGGUUACCAACUGUGUGAUAACAGCGUAGGCGUUCUGUUCAAUGAUUCCACACGUUUGAUCAUGUACACUGAUGGUGACAGUCUGCAAUAUAUUGACCGCAACUCAUUAGAAUCCUACCUCAGUGUUCGUUCCUACCCUUCUUCGCUCUCUAAAAAGAUUACACUCCUCAAGUACUUCAGGAAUUACAUGAGCGAGCACUUGCUGAAGGCUGGGGCUAACAUAACACCCCGUGAUGGGGAUGAAAACACACCCUUUCCCCACACCCCCCACACUUUCCCCACAAAAAGAGCCACAUCGCUACACACCAGAAAAACAAAACUGCACAUAAAAAUCUUCCAGGACCACACUAAGCUUAUUUUGUGUCCCCUGAUGGGAGCAGUGACGUACAUCAAUGAGAAGCGAGAGUUCUACACCUAUAAGAUGACCUUAAUCGAGGAGUUUGGAUGCUGCAAAGAGUUGGCCAGCCGUUUACGCUACGCUCGUAACAUGGUGGAGAAGCUUAUGGCCUGCAAAAGCACUGCCGCAGCUGCUACUUCCACCCGCUAAACCACUGACAUCACAAAUUGUAUAACUUUGUGUUCACCACCAACUCUGCUUGAGUCUGAGGGCCCUUAAAUAUUCCAGCAGCAAGACUUGUACAGUUCUACGCUAUGACUUCCUCCUCUUGAUCUGUUGUUUACUCUUACUGUCACUUGUUUUUUUUGGGGUUUGUGCCCAUGCCAGCUCUCUGUAUCAUGUGAAUGCUCUUGUACAUGUUUUAAUGUUUUAGAACUUUUCUAUUCUUUGUAUAAAAGCUUUUGGAGUUUAAUCUUUUAAUGUGUAAGAGAAUAUUUGAAAUAACUUGGAAUUCCAAAAUAAAGAUCUUUUUAGAGAAAU